AUGAGCAUCUACAACCCACCCACACUCCAGCAGCUGGCAGUAGAGAACCUGCUGUGCAACCAGACCUCAACCAUCUCUACUCUGGAGUACCUGCCCAUUAACCUCUUCCCACCAGUGUUCAAGAAGGCCAUCACCGGUAGAUGCAUGGAGCUACUGAAGGCAAUGGUGGCAGCCUGGCCCUUUUCCUACCUCCCCGUGGGGGCUCUGAUGAAGACAGCCAAUGCGGAUGUGUUGCAAGCUGUUCUGGAUGGUGUAGAUAUUCUUCAGGCACAGAAGGAUCGACCCAGAGAGUGGAAGCUUCGAGUACUUGACUUGAGGAAUGUGAACCAGGAUUUCUGGGAUGUAUGGGCCAGCAGAGAGGACUGGUUCUGCUCAACAGAGACUGAAAGUGAGGAGCAAGGAGGAAAUAAACUGAGGCGGGAUUUGAAGGUGGUCACUGACCUUAGCCUCAGGUUCCACCUGACAGAGCACCAGACGUGCUUGCUGCAGUGGGCCCAGCAGAGGAAAGACUCUGUGCAGCUGUGCUGCAUGAAGAUGAAGAUCUGUGCCUUCCCUGUGGAGAUUAUCAAGGAGAUCUUGGAAAUUUUCCCACCUGAGGAUAUAGAGGAACUGGAGUUAUUCACCAACCACAUUCUGACCUUCCUGGCUCACAUUGCACCUAGCCUUGGCUAUAUGACAAAACUUUGCAAAUUCCGUCUAACUCACAUCUUCUUGAACACAGACAGGGUCCUAAAUAUGUUGGCAGACACAGAGGAGACGUGUACUCUGCAAGUUUUCUCUCAGUUCUCCAAACUCAACUCUCUGGAGCAUUUCUCCAUGCAUGGCAUCCACCUUUCGCCUGACCACAUGCAACAGCUAUUCGGAUGCCUGAAGACCCCACUGAAGUUCUUGUCUAUCACUCUCUGCCAGCUCCCCCAGUCAGGCUUCAAACACUUGUCACAGUGUCAGGCGCUCUGUCAAUUGAAACACCUGAAACUCAGUGGUGUAGUGUUGUCCAGGUUCUGUGUCCCACAUCUCCGAGUUGUCCUUGAGAAUGUGGCAGACACUUUGCAGAACCUGGAGUUAGUGAACUGCGUGAUGGAGGACUCUGACCUCAGUGCCCUCUUGCCUGCCCUGAGCCGGUGCUCACAGCUGACCACCGUGAAUUUCUAUGACAACGACCUCUCCACUGCUGUACUGAAGAAGCUUGUGCAAAGCAUGGCCGGUUUAAGCAACUUGACUGCAGAGUUCUACCCAGCCUCUCUGGAGUGCUAUGACCCCCUGGGUCGUGUCCUAGUGGAGCAAUUUACCCAACUCUGUCUUGAGCUCCUGGAUAUACUCUUUGCCAAAAGGCAGCCCAAGAAAAUAGUCUUUGCUACAGGCACCUGCCUUCAAUGCUGUAAGCGCUCUGUUUAUGACAUGGAGACCAGACUUUGUGACUGUGGGCAGUAG